AUGUAUACCAUCACAAAUAUAUACGUCCUUGCCGCGUUCGGCACCAUUGGAGGUGCUCUUUUCGGUUUCGAUGUGAGCUCGAUGAGCGCCUGGAUUGGCGUGGAUACAUAUAUGGACUAUUUCGGCUCGCCGAAUUCUAAUCUUCAAGGAGGAAUUACAGCUUCCAUGUCUGCCGGUUCCUUCGCCGGCUCGAUUGCUGCUGGUUGGCUAUCCGAUAUCCUUGGCCGUCGCUAUGCCCUGAUGAUCGCUUCGCUGGUUUGGAUUGUUGGUGCCAUGGUGCAGUGCAGCGCACAGAAUGUGACCCAUCUGGUUGCGGGCCGCGUCGUCAGUGGCCUCGCUGUCGGCGUGACCUCCUCCCAGGUCUGUGUCUACCUGUCUGAACUUGCGCCCGCUCGCAUUCGUGGCCGUAUCGUCGGUAUUCAGCAAUGGGCUAUCGAAUGGGGUAUUUUGAUCAUGUACCUGGUUGCUUAUGGCUGUGUCGUGGGUGUAUCCGGUCCUGCUGCCUUCCGUAUCUGCUGGGGUGUGCAGGCGGUUCCCGGUCUGAUCCUCUUCAUUGCGCUGUUCUUCUUCCCCGAGUCUCCUCGUUGGCUUGCAUCUGUGGAGCGCUGGGAAGAGGCUUUGGAUACCCUGGCUCUCCUGCAUGCCAACGGUGAUCGUCAUGAUCCCGUUGUGCAGGUCGAAUUCGAAGAGGUCCAAGAGGCUGUACGAGUCGCACAUCAAGCUCAAGAUGUUUCUUUCUUGGCUUUGUUCGGCCCGCGCAUUUGGAGACGCACCAUGUGUGGAAUGACGGUUCAGAUGUGGCAGCAGCUUUUGGGUGGUAAUGUUGCAAUGUACUACGUGGUCUAUAUCUUCCAGAUGGCUGGCAUGACCGGCAACACGACCCUAUGGUCAUCGGCUAUUCAAUAUGUAAUCUUCUUGGUGACUACCGGCGUGAUGCUUCCAUAUAUCGACCGCGUCGGUCGGAGAAAUCUGCUUCUGGUCGGAUCUGUGUCUUGCAUGAUUGUCCAUUUCAUCAUUGCUGGCGUUAUGGCCAGUAAAGGAAGACCUGUUCCCAAUGUGAAUGGAAAUGCCAAUUUGACUUGGGAAAUCAAGGGUAGUGCUGGCAUGACUGUCAUAGCAUUUUCAUACAUCUUCACCGGAAUCUACGGCUUGACAUGGGCUCCCACCGGGUGGAUUUACGCGUCAGAGGUCUUCCCACUGAAGUACCGAGCCAAGGGUGUCGGUGUUUCAGCAGCGACUAACUGGAUCUUCAACUUUGCCCUCGCAUACUUUGUAGCACCAGCCUUCCACAACAUCCAGUGGAAGACGUACAUUAUCUUCGGAGUUUUCUGCACGGUGAUGACCUUCCAUGUGUUCUUCAUGUACCCUGAGACAGUGGGCCGCUCCCUGGAGGAGAUUGACAUGGUCUUUGAGACCAAUGUCAAGCCAUGGCACACUCACAAAAUCAGUGAUAUGUUUGGGGAGGAAGUUGAGCGCCAUAAGGAUGUCAGUGCCAAGAAAGACGCCGGUGGUGCUAGCCAUGAGGAGGUGGUUUAA